AUGGCCGAGUCCGCUUCAGCCGCACACAGGUGGACCGGACUAACUGACCGCGCUACAGUGUGGGAACCUCAGCUGCUCCCCACAGCCCCGAGAGCCGGGCAGGUCCCCGCUGCGGGGGGUCCGCCCGGUGCAGCUCAAGCUCGGCCCUCCCCCUUGGUUGCUGUGAAAACCCGGCAGGAUGGAUCGCUGGAGUCAGGGUACCCCGCCGGGUUUGAAGUAUGGGGCGGUCGGAAGCUGCAGCCCUCAGGGUGGGCGGGGCGAGGAGCCGGGGAGGGCUUCAGCGCAAGGUGGAAGGAUACUCGAGCCUCGAUCGGAACUACUUUCGGGUCACGUGUGGUCCUAGUUGGGGAACUUUCCAAAUUCCCAUUCCCCUAGCUGUGUGCUCGGGGACAAGUGCUUGGCUCCUUGUGCCGUACUCGGUGGUGGUCCCUUUGGGUGUGAACGGCGGGACCCCCGCUCUUCUCAGGUUGGAGAGGAGACGGGGCGCCCACGAGCUAUCCGCAGGAGCGCUGUCGGGGCAAGCGCCUGGGGAGCUGGUUACACAAGCACCCACAUCCAAACACGUGCCCCCGCCACCCCUCUCUGCUAGCCCCCGCCUUUGUACACGAUGAGGGGGGAAGAGUUCCCAAACUGUUCCUGCCCCUCGCCUGCUACUCGCAGAGCGAGCCAGAAGGCCGGGAUGUGAGACUCCUUGAUCUGCGGCCAACACUGCUCUUCCCAACGGUGGGAGAAGAGGCUGGGCUCUGGGGGCGUCUGACGCAUCUCCUUCGCUAAUGAGGUGAACCUUUUGCUUCUGUACUCCUGAGGGGCAAAAGGGUAUCUCCUGUUGCAGCCCGCUGCCUGGGCUGACCGAUUUUGCAACAAACUUCCAGUCACUGCCCCUGAGCUGGUGAGCGCGCCCCACCUACCGUGGACUUGGCCAAGUGACUUAUCUGAGUAUCUAGUCAAUGGCUGUCAGCCCAGAACAAACCUGUCAAGCCAAAGCUUAUUGCGGGCAUUGGCUGACCAGUGACUGGUUCAGAAAUGCUGAUAACUCCAGCUCAUGCUCCCUCCCCCAACGAGCCAGCUACAAAGCCAGCGAUCCACCUUGUGCUUAAAGAGAAAUGACAUCAACACCAACCUAGGGAUUUCUUCCUUUUUGCUCUUUCCCAGAGGACUUAGCUCUCAAGAUGACAAAUGGAGUCCAGAAGUGUCUGAUUUGAGACCUAGGAUGAGACACUGAGCCGUAUUAGAAAUCUUGGAAAAUAGUAAUCAAUUAUCAUAGGUGUCAAAAUCCUUGUGAGUGGGUGCCUAGGAAGAUUAGUGUACUGUAGGGAAAAGAACACUGUAUAUGUGCACAUCAGAGUUGCAGGGAGCCCAUGCGGUCUAGAAACCUCAAGAGGCCCAGCUCAGAGAGCCACAGGCCAUUACCUAAACUCCAAGUCUGCUAAUUAAACCCGGGAUGUUUGCAGUGCUAUUAGCGAUCUCGGGCUACUUGAACCUUGCAUUUAGAUGCAUCCUUUUAAGAUCUCUCUGCAAGAGUUAGCAGUCUGCUGAAAGCCUUGAUAUUUAUUGGAGGCUGUUUUUGUGCAUGGUUCUGGUCAGUUGAGGGAGGAAGGGAUCAGCGAUGAUAGCAAUCUGGAAACAAUAGAAGAAAGGCCUCCAUUUGGUUUCCAAGGAUGUAAAUCUUGCUCACACAGCCUCGAGUGAGAUGGAGAUGUAUUUUACACAUAAUGAAGAAUCAGGAGUCCCUGAUGUCCAUGUGUUCCACAGGAUGCAUGGCAAAAACCUGUGUUGUGCUCUGUUGAGUAUCUACCACUGCUUAGUGGGGAAAGGGAAAAUGAAGAUGAGGUUAGAUAAAAAGAUUGAGGAGGGGGAAAUGCCCCCCAUUUUUUCUCAGCUUGCUGAUCUUGUCCCCAGAGGUCCUGUUAUUAGCACUACCCUGCUUUGCCUCUUCCCUGGAGCUGUCUUGUGUAAUGUUAGUCUUCCAGCAUCCAAGAAGCUCUGGAAUCUUCCUCUGAAGAGAGAGAAAUGGGAUUCAUUCUUGUGCUUCCUGGUGUUGGGCUGGAGGAGAGAGGAUCCCCUUCAUUCCCACAGCAUUAGUCUGCAGCACAGAGGUUGUGCAUCACAGCACUGGAGUGCUGGAAUAUGACACCAGCUAGCAAGUAAUUCCAAGUGAGGGAAGAAACGGGUUUGCUGCCUCCCAGAACAUCAGGUCCUUCUACUCUCUAGUGAUGGAUGACUGAAGAGAUAGCCAAUGUUAGCAGGUAUUUGGCCAGGCUGACAGCAACAUUUAGAUGGUUGUCAGAAGCUUUUGAAUAAAGACCUCUUUCCCUUCCCAGCAUUAAAUAUGUUCCUGAAAAAAUUA